AUGUCAACGGGCAUUCUGGACGCCAAUCGGACUUUUUGGACACCUCCGGUCCGACUGCGGCACACUGACUGCAGCAACCCUCGUCUCUCCUUCCCACGACGUCAACUAACCUGGAUCGUCCUAGCGAGCCCCCACUAUCAUCUUCUCCUUCUUCUUCUUCUUCUUCUUCUUCUUCUUCUUCUUCUUCUUCCUCCUCCUCCGCCUCCUGCUCCUCCUCCUGAUCCUCCUCCUCCUCUUUCGCAACCUGCACCUCCUCCUCAUCAGCAUCUGGUGAUGUGGCUUCUGACAUGUCCGUCAAACCUACAAACAAUCAUGACAACCUAACAAACGCCAACACCACCACCACCACCACCACCACCAACACCACCACCACCACCACCACCACCACCACAGCAAACACUGAUUAUAAGGACCCGGUCUAUACCCCUCCGAAUUGCGAUCCUCCCUUCACCACACACAUUGGCCUGGUCGGUCAUUUGCGAAUUCAUCGCACAGAGGCUGGAGAACCAGUGUCUGGAGAACCGACCUACACCCGUCGAACCUGCCAACACUGCCCAUAAUUCACUCACACAUUUAUUCACCGCACGUGUCUAUUCGGUCACAAUCGCGUUCACGAAAACCCGCUGUAGACAACUGCCAGCAGCAACAUUCCAUUUCAGCCUCAAUCACCAGAAUCGGCAGUCUGUCCAGCUGGGUGUGUGUUUUGCGGCCGUCACGGCACCUACUCAAUCGAUCUGUGACACUCUGAAGCAUGCGAGGAGAUAGUGUGUGCUUCGUCGGUGGUGGCUGCCAGUCGAAGUCGACAACCUUCCUAACGCUGCUGCCCCUGCCGCCGCCGGCGAGGCCGUCGAUGUUGCUGCCGAGACCGCCUCCGUUGAGGACCGCUGGUGUCAACUGCGGGAUACAAUCCAGUCGACAACCCUAGACCUCCUCGGUCGCGCUCCCCGCCAAAUCCAGGACUGGUUCGACGACAAUGAGGCCGUCAUCAGCAAUCUGCUUGCCGAGAAGAACCGCCUACACAAAGCCUACGCAGAUCACCCCACUGCGGACAACAAAGCUGCUUUCUACCGCAGUCGCCGCCAACUUCAGCAACGACUGAGUGAGAUGCAGGACGCCUGGACUGCUCGCAAAGCUGAGGAGAUCCAAGGCUAUGCGGACCGCAACGAAUGGAAGAACUUCUUCUCUGCGAUCAAAGCUGUCUACGGUCCGCCGACGAAGGGCACUACUCCUCUCCUCAGCGCCGACGGGAGCACUCUCAUGACUGAGAAAACGCACAUUUUACAGCGAUGGGCCGAGCAUUUCCGAGGCGUCCUCAACCGCCCUUCCGUCAUCUCCGAAGCCGCCAUCGCCCGCUUGCCGCAAGUGGCAACCAACGCGGACCUCGACCUCCCGCCAUCUCUCCAGGAAACGAUCAGGGCCGUGCAGCAGCUCUCCAGCGAAGAGCACCAGGAUCGGACGCAAUCCCUGCUGAGGUCUACAAGCACGAAGGUCCCCAACUGAUGGAUCACCUGACUGCGCUCUUCCAGGAGAUGUGGCGUCAAGGUGAAGUCCCGCAAGAUUUUAAGGACGCAACCAUCGUGCAUCUCUACAAGCGAAAAGGGAACCGCCAAAUCUGCGACAAUCACCGCGGCAUCUCCUUGCUGAACAUCGCCGGGAAGAUCUUCGCUCGCAUCCUUCUCAACCGCCUCAACAACCAUCUCGAACAUGGCCUACUGCCGGAGACCCAAUGCGGCUUCCGCCGACAUCGUGGGACCACGGAUAUGAUCUUUGCCGCCUGCCAACUUCAGGAGAAGUGUCAGGAGAUGCGGACCCACCUGUACUCUACCUUCGUGGACCUGACGAAAGCCUUCGACACGGUGAAUCGUGAAGGACUGUGA